UGGUCAUGAAGCAUAUGCAAGCCUCUUGAAGCCCCUGUUUUGUUGUGGGGCCCGCCUCAAGCAUGGGAAUCAUGGCUAGCGCUCUUCAGAUGGUGGAAGAUGUCAUGGGCAAGAUUGUGCAGGGCCUGCUAAUGCCAAAAGUGGCACCUGCAUGGUAUGCUGGUACCAGGAGGCUAACGGAGUUUCCUGAAGCAGCAGCGGAGAGUCUUUUGCUGAUGGGCUUUGUUACGCUUGAAGUACCAGACAUCGAGGUGGCUAUGAGUUUCUUUGUCAGUGGGCUGGGUGCGAAAGAGGGUGCAGAGGAGAGCAGAUCCGCCGAAGAUAGUUUGGAAGACUAGCUGGGCUAUGCUGCGUUGCAGGAUACAUGUUGGAAAAGACUCCCAAGUUUUGAGCCAGGUUGAUGGAGCCAAAGUAGUUCAAAUUGGUGCCAGUCAGCUGCGGUUGGUGCCAAGUGGAAAGCGUGCGGACCUGGCAGCCUGGCCUGGGCAGUUCUACGUGUGGGUCGAGGAUUCAAAGGCCACAUUGUCGUCAUGCCAGUCCUUGGAAAAGUCCACCGCCGAAGUGAUUCAAGAAGUGUACCACAUCAAGGAGGAAGGUGCAGCAGACGCUAUAUUGCUACAAGAUCCCGCUGGCCAAAACAGCUUCGUUGUGAAUCAGGCGCCACUGGGGGGGCAUGGCUACGACCAUGCGGUCUGUUUUGCCUGGGACAGACAAGGUGUCCAAUACCCUGGCACUCAUUGGCCUCACGCACCCGAUUGCUGCAGGCCAAGCAGGUGGUGUCGUGCGAUUCUACUCACAAUUCCUGGGAGCUUCAGUGUCGAGAACAAAGCAGGCACAGUGAACGUUGUAACGAUAGAUGGGCAAGAGAGCUGUGGUAUAGUAUAG